GCCAAAACAAAUGUGGGAUUUCAUUCAAAAAUCCACCUAGUGGUGCCGUUUGCAAGUAUAAAGUGAGGAGGCAGUGUUUGGGUUUGGGGGCUGGGCUGCCUAUGUAAUCUGCUAGUCUCUGCCUACUUUCUCGCAUCAGCACCACCAAGCUUUGAUUGCGUUUUAGCCCGGUCUGCCUGCAUCUGCGUUCCUUGCCUCGCGUCUUAGAUACUAGCCUACAAAACAGCAGACGAAGAAACGAAAAAGGAUUUAUAGAAGUGUGUUCAUCCAUCUGCUUGAGAAGUGUACUAUUUUCUAUUAGUAAAGAUGGUUAAACUGGGGAGCAAUCUAGAAGACAAAGGCGCUAAACCGGUCAGUGUGGAGGAUGGCUUCCAAAACGUGCCGCUCAUCACCCCUCUGGACGUCGGUAACCUCCAGUAUGGAGCCCCAGACAAGGUGGUGGUGAAGACACGGACUGAGUACCAGACGGACCAGAAGAAAUCCAAGAUGAAGGUGCCCAAGGUGGAGGAGUUUACCAUCAGCUUCACUGAUGGAGUGUCAGAGAGACUCAAGGUCACGAUUCUGAUAGUCCUGGCCUUGGCCUUUUUGGCCUGCAUAGUUUUCCUGGUGGUGUACAAGGCCUUCACGUACGAACACAGCUGCCCAGACGGAUUCAUAUACAAGCAUAAGCGAUGCAUCCCUGCCUCUCUGGAGGCCUACUACACAGCUCAGGAUGCCAACUCCCGAGGGCGCUUCUAUACGGUGAUCAGCCACUACAGCAUGGCCAAGCAGACCACCUCCCGCUCCGUCUCUCCCUGGCUCCCUGCAGGCGCUGCCCCGCACGACGCCAAGCCGCCCAACACAGACGGGCACUGAGUAUGCCUGCCCAACCCUCCCACCAACCCCACCUCUUCUGCCCGUCUCCAUGACAAGCUUUUAACAGGGAGUGUCUGUCGUUCUCCAGUGUCUCGCUAGGCUCAGAGUACUGUCACGCCCACCUGCCCGCCCCAGCCCAUCAACCCAGCACCACAAUCUCUGCCUCUCCUCCCUUCUGUCUGUUUUCUUUCUUUAUUUAUUCAUUAUUUAUCAUCACUAAUUAUUUUUUUUACUUGUUAUUGGUAUUUUGUAUUUGAUAUCAAACAACUGUUUGUACAAAGUCUCGAGUCAAAGUUGAAAUCCAUUCAGAGUAUAUGCUUUUCUGAGCUGCUACUAACUGAGUGAGUCAAAAGUCAUUUUUCAGAUGUGUCCAUUUGAUGUGUCCAUUUGAUGUGUCCAUCUGCUGUGUCCAUCUGAUGUGUCCAUCUGCUGUGUCCAUCUGCUGUGUCCAUCUGCUGUGUCCAUCUGCUGUGUACAUCUGAUGUGUCCAUCUGCUGUGUCCAUUUGAUGUGUCCAUCUGAUGUGUCCAUCUGAUGUGUCCAUCUGAUGUGUCCAUCUGCUGUGUCCAUUUGAUGUGUCCAUCUGCUGUGUCCAUCUGCUGUGUCCAUCUGAUGUGUCCAUCUGCUGUGUCCAUCUGAUGUGUCCAUCUGCUGUGUCCAUUUGAUGUGUCCAUCUGAUGUGUCCAUCUGAUGUGUCCAUCUGCUGUGUCCAUCUGAUGUGUCCAUCUGAUGUGUCCAUCUGAUGUGUCCAUCUGUUGUGUCCAUUUGAUGUGUCCAUCUGAUGUGUCCAUCUGCUGUGUCCAUUUGAUGUGUCCAUUUGAUGUGUCCAUCUGAUGUGUCCAUUUGAUGUGUCCAUCUGAUGUGUCCAUCUGCUGUGUCCAUCUGAUGUGUCCAUUUGAUGUGUCCAUCUGAUGUGUCCAUUUGAUGUGUCCAUUUGAUGUGUCCAUCUGCUGUGUCCAUUUGAUGUGUCCAUUUGAUGUGUCCAUCUGAUGUGUCCAUUUGAUGUGUCCAUCUGCUGUGUCCAUCUGAUGUGUCCAUUUGAUGUGUCCAUCUGAUGUGUCCAUCUGAUGUGUCCAUUUGAUGUGUCCAUUUGAUGUGUCCAUCUGAUGUGUCCAUCUGCUGUGUCCAUCUGAUGUGUCCAUUUGAUGUGUCCAUUUGAUGUGUCCAUUUGAUGUGUCCAUCUGAUGUGUCCAUCUGCUGUGUCCAUCUGAUGUGUCCAUCUGCUGUGUCCAUCUGAUGUGUCCAUCUGCUGUGUCCAUCUGAUGUGUCCAUUUGAUGUGUCCAUCAGAUGUGUCCAUCUGAUGUGUCCAUCCGCUCGUUCCCCUGUAGUGUCAUGACUCUGUGUAAUCAAAGUCAUGUUAUGAUAAACUCUGAUUCAAGUCCAGGCAUAUCCAUUGCAUUUUGGUUCAUACUCAUACUGUAAUACAUUCUUAUAGAAAGGGUUUUCCCAAAUUAGUACCUAUUUGUACGUCUAUGGAAGUUAAACUUCAACACCAAUAUACAGUAGAUGUCCUCAAUUAUCUGAGCAAAGCUAGCUAAGUAUUCUCUAUCAUGACGGUUUGAUAUCGGAACACUCUUUAAUGUACUGUCCUGUAUGUCCUACUUCCCUUCUUGAGCCAAGCUCUAUAAAGCCCAGUGCAUUCAUGCUAGUUCAUGUGUGUGCAUGGUUGUAGCUAGGUUUCAUGACAGUUUAACUAUUUUUCGUGGGAAAAGAGCGACCUUUAUUGCCAGUUACAUUUCGCUUUAGCAGACAGUCCAGCCACUGUACACAACAUGAAUAUGUGGGUCUAUUGCUAAGGAUAAAUACACAAGACGUGGUGAUGAUGGGAAACAUUGUGUAUAUCGCUGUCUUUGCCAAAACUCUGGUUCCUGUAAUGUUUAGAACCAUUUGUAGAUGAGCUUCUCUGCAGAGUUUUGUUCUGUUACCAUUUUCUUUCUUUUUUUUUUAUCUUGUCAAAAAAAAAAACGCUUUUUGAACUAUUGUGAUGUUUGGUAGUUGAUAUGUAGCAAAGUCUGGAGUAGUUUCUCACUGUACAUCCCAUAGGUUUGAAAUGAAAAUAAAGCAAGUUGUGACCUGA